AUGUUUGCCGCCAAUGUGAGCGUAGAUGUCGCCUUCACGUCAUACCAAAAGAGAGCCAUCAAGACGCUGAACUUGGCGCUGGAGGAAAUGGACUGCUUAUGGAUUCCUGUCAUCAAAACUUGGAAGCUGAACGAGCGCAUGUAUGGCGAUCUACAGGGCCUCAACAAGGCCGAAACGGCGAACAAGUUUGGCGAGGAGCAGGUGACUCAGUGGCGGCGGUCGUUCUCGGUGCCACCUCCUCCCAUCAAGGAUGACAGUCCUUACCAUCCGAAGUUGGACCCGAAGUACAAGGAUAUUCCCAAGAAGAAUCUUCCGCUAGCAGAGUCUUUGGCGCUGACCAUCCAGAGAGUCUUGCCCUUUUGGAGGCAGAGCAUUGCGCCACAGCUCCAUAAGGGCAAGAAGGUGCUGAUCGCUGCUCAUGGCAACUCGCUGCGGGCUCUCGUCAAGUACUUAGACAACAUUCCGGAGGACCAGAUCGUGGACGUUAACAUCCCCACCGGGGUGCCAUUAGUUUACCGAUUAAACCGGCAGUUGAAGCCAGUCGAGCUACCUGGGCACGCUGAAGGUUUGAGUGGUGUCUACUUGGGUGAUCCAGAAUGGGUCUCGUCCAAGGUCAACGGUGUGAAGAAUCAGGCCGCGGGACGCUAG